AUGGACAGAGCCAGCAGCCGAGGACGGAGCAUGUCCCCUUCGGAACUUUUAAAGAGAAGACACAGCCCUCAUCAACGAAUCACAGAACGAGAAGAAGAUGACGAAGAAGACUCGGGAUCCGGGGAUGAUUCAGGUAACGGCAGUGACUCUGAUGAUGGCGAUGAUGGGAAGGGGAACGAUGAAGAUCAAUCCACCACUGAGGGCGAGGACGACAACGAGGAGCAAACGGUCACAGAGGAACGCACCAUAACCCAACAGCACACGGUGACCGCGAGCCCGACGGCGAGUGGUGUCCAGAAGCUCCAUCACUCGCUCCCUCCGGCUUUCGGGGCCUUUCCGGGUUCAGAGUCCCAUCUGGAUCCAGCAUCCUGGUCAUGGUUCAUUCAAUUACAUACUGCAGUUCUAGACACUAGCGGUAUCGUAGCGUCCACUUGGGGACCAAUCCCUACAGAAGCUUCAACGUCGUUCAGCUCAACACCACCGGUGACGAUAACCACCAACCCUGAAACGGAGUUGAUCCCGUCUACCACGUCGAUUUCUCUUGUGUAUCCAACAACAUCGGAUGGCCAGGACUUGUCUGGCGAAGCAACGACGGUAAUCGAUUCGACUACAGUAGAGGGAAGCGAAUCGCCGAAGCAGGGUGGUAGCAGCAAUGGCCAUACAGAUCACCCUCCAAUACCAACAACAACAACAAGGGUCGGGGGUGGGAUAACAACACCAGAAACCUUUUCUACCCGCUCUGAACUCCCGAUUACCUCGCCUACCUCAAGUACGCACCCGGCGGAUAGUGUGAUAGCAUCUGAAGGGAAAGAAAAUACUUCGUCGGACGAUGUGCUGAAAAAGGGAGCCAUCAUUGGCGCUAUAGCUGGUCUCGUGGUGUUCGGCGUCCUCCUCUUCUUCCUUUGGCGCAAGCGCAAACACAACAAGAAGCGCCACAGCAAUUCCUCUACCAGUCACCUCUUCACCUCAACCUCAAAGAAUGUCGGAAAGCUUCCAAACAAGGACCCUUACCCGUUCGACGACAAUGACGACAGAGGAAGCAUCGACGGUGAAAGUAUCGGACGAACAUCCCAAUGGACCUUUGAAGGUGUCGCCACAGCAAUCCGCAACUCGAUGCGGCAAUCCGUCAGCGGCGUCGGCGUCGGCGCCACAGGUCCCGGUCCCGUCAGCCCUGUCAGCCCCAGCGGUGAUGCUGCCAGUCUCGGUGGUUUCUCAUCCCUCUCGCGCCGGUCGAGCUUCUCGUACGCCUCGGACGAUUACUCCUGCCGAGGAAGUGCUGCCAGCAACGCGAGCGGCAUCUACCAAGCCACUGCGCUGGCAUACCCUACACCGGGGCGGGCUACGCCCGUCAUGCCUGCGUACCCGGCUACGGCGAAGAUUGUGAAUCUCUCACCGAAGCCUCAGAAACCGGAGAUGGUGAUGGUGAGGAAUAACAGGAAGAGUAGCACUGCGGAGCUUCUGGGUCUGAGUCGGAAUCCUAGUAAGAGUACCAUUGGAAAGUCUGGGAAGGGAGUGGGACAGUGGGAUAAAGAAACUUGUGGAUGUGAUAGUAGUAGGGCGUCGACAUUGUCGGAGGUAUCACCACCACCGAUGGCGGCAAGGACUUUGUAUGAAGCUCUCGGGGGAUCAGGACCAGGACCGGUAUCCCCUCCUUCGUCGUCGAGGCCGGUUACAUGGAUGAGACAGCCGUCGCCAUUGUCGACGGCGAGAAAUUCGGCAUCAUCAGCGUUUGUACCUUCGCCGAUUGUGGGGACACCGAUGCCGGGGAGUAAUAGGAGGAGUUAUAUGAGUUGAUGGGACGUUUUGUUGAGUUGGAGAGUUGUUUUGGGG